GAUUACGGGAACACUUCCUGAGCCCCCUGAACCACGCCAAGACCCGGCUUUUACCCGUUGUAGACUUACCGCAUCUGGAAGUAUGUUUUCAAAACCCCGGGAGCUGCGCCGAAUUGGGACCAGGUCCCGGUCUCUCAACGUAGUUGCACAAGGUCCAUCAUCGGUGUCGGCCAGGAUCAAUCUCGAUCGCUCAAGUCGGGUCAUUCAAGUCCCUCCAUCUUCCCAGAACGGCACGCUUUCCCUGAUUGAAAAUCUGCUGGAGUCUAUCGUCGACGCGAUCAGCAGCGGCAAGGAGCUCGUCAUCCCUUAUGCAAGCGUUCGAUCGCUUCAAGAUGGUGCAGUGCAGACCACCAACCGAAGAGAUGCUCGGGCGGUUGAUUACGUGCGGUUUCCGGGGCGUUCAGUCCAGGAAGCCAAGAAAUUCGAGGCUCUCUUCCGCAUCAUCGAACUGUCGCAUGAAGCGCUGCUUUCCGGAAAUCUCAUUACGAAGAGGAACAUCUACUAUCAGAAUCCUGAUCUGUUCCGAUCCCAGAGCGCGGUCGAUGACAUGGUGGACAACCUUGCCUUCACACUUGGAGUUGGUCGAGAAAAUCUGAACAUCGUCGCUGCAGCCAAGGGCCUUGUUUCUGGGCCGAUUGAUAUGAUUCUCCAUGAUGGCUCCAUCCACAGCUGUGAUAUCCCGGGCAACACGGGCAUGCUGUUGCCAUCCGUUUCUUCGAUACAAAAGAUCGAUUUCCGCACCACACAAUGGUUGUUGGUCAUCGAGAAAGAGGCUACGUUCCGCACGCUGGCUGCGUCUGCAUACUGUAAAAACUCCCAAGCAGGGCAUGGCAUAAUCAUAACGGCGAAAGGCUUCCCGGACCUGGCCACUAGGCGGUUCAUAUGCAUUCUUCAUUCAAUGCGGCCUGACCUGGCCAUGUUUGCACUGGUUGAUUACGACCCCCAUGGACUUGCGAUUAUGCGAACCUACAGAUAUGGCAGCCAGCGUCUUGACCACGAACAGAAUGCUGCAACGCCGCAGAUUCUGUGGCUUGGCAUCCGCAGCGAUGACAUAUUGCUGGACGUGGACACCGACCGUCACGAGAGCCAGGACUACAGCCAGAGUCAGCCCAUCUCUGAAUCUGCUAGCAAGGAUGCUGCGGCGCGUUACCUUGAUGAGUCACAAAACGAGAGGCGUACAAAGAGAGUCAGGUUCAGCAAAGCAAAGGCGCCUAGCGAAUCGAUUCUUCCCCUCACUGCGCAUGACAGGAAGAGGGCCGUCGAACUCCUGAAAGAGAUCUCCGUUGCCCAUACGAUCGACGUUGGCGGGUCCGAUCAAGUGCAAGAGUUACAGCGAAUGCUGAUGCUCAAUAUCAAAGCCGAGAUCCAGGCCGUUGACAAUUACGGAGAUAUUGCGAAGUGGCUAGACGAUAAGUUGAGUGGAUGAUGAAAGCUUAUGAUUCCCUUGCGGCAUUGCACGUUGUCAGUGUAUGACAUUGCCCGCUUUAACCAUUCAUCGCUGAAGCAGUAAGUUGUCUCGGGGUCAAGAUGGCUGAUAAGAUCAGGAAAAUCUCUGCCCAUUCAACAUUCGAUACGUUGAUGAGUAAAUGGCUUGAGCUAUCCCAAGCUACCGUA